AUGUUCACUAAGGUAAAGAAAAUAGCAGAUGAUGAGCAAAAAAAUUAUAUUUCAGAAUUGUCAGAAAAACUGGAAUCACAAUAUCCAACGAACACUACUAAAAAUGCACCAGAUUCGUCAGAGGAGAAUGGAGCCAGGCAAUUAGAAAAACUGGAAUCACAAUAUCCAACGAACACUACUAAAAAUGCACCAGAUUCGUCAGAGGAGAAUGGAGCCAGGCAAUUAGAAAAACUGGAAUCACAAUAUCCAACGAACACUACUAAAAAUGCACCAGAUUCGUCAGAGGAGAAUGGAGCCAGUUGUUCAAGUCUUAUACCAGAUGCAUUGCCACCAUCCCAUCAACCUCAUCUGGACAAGCAAGCUGUUGGUUAUCAAGGCAGACAAUUGUAUAAUAAUAAUAAUAAUAAUAAUAAUAAUAAUAAAGAUGUUACACAUACAAUGCAAAAGGACUUUUAUUUCAUGGGACUUUCAGAAAAUAAGAAAUUCCAGGGAAUUAGUUGUCAGAACUUACAAUUUGGCAACAAUAACGUAAUGCAUGUUCACUCUGGAGAAAAUAAAGAAAAAACCCAGAAGAAAAAGAUACCUGAAGAGCAAUUGAAAGUUUAUCUGAAUUCAACCAAACAAUUAUCAAAAAAUUAUCUCCAAGAAAUAGCAAAACAUUUGGGAAAAGGAUGGAGAUCAAUUGGUCGAUAUUUGGUUGCUUGUGGUAAACUCAAUAUGGCGGCUCCCAAAGAUGACGGCAAGACGAAGGAGAAUGAAAAUAAACUAACUGAUCUUCCAGUCGAUAUAUGGAUGCUUCGACCUUGUGAAAUAUAUCAUGAUGAAUACAAAGAAUGCACAAGUACAAAAGGUCGGUUUCAACAAUAUUAUGUAUUCGGCAACUAUUUAGAUUGCAGUAAAUGGAAACAGGAUUCUGAGAACUGCUUUAAAUUUAGAGAAACACGCUCAGUAGAUGUUCUUCAAAAAAUAUUAGACAAUGAAAAAGACAGACGACAGAUUCGAAUUAAAAAUGCCCAGGCCAAUGAUAUUUGGGAAUACAGAAGCUCACCCCCAGAAGAUUGGACCAAACCUUUGCCCGAGUGGGAGAAAGCACGCAAGAACACAGUUCUCUCAAAAGUACAGCUGGUCAAAGAAAAAUCUGGAACUUUUACAGGCACUUCAGACACUCUAAGUUCUUGUGUAAUAUUGUAA